AUGUCAGAAGCGGGCCGUAAAGUUACAACAGAUCAUCACUUGAAUGAAUCUGAACAGUCUAGCCUUGUCGAAAUAGAAGAAAUCUCUACCAUUGUUCAUCAAAGUAAAAAGGAGAAGAAAGAAAAACUCAUUGUCAGGAGUUCAGCGACUAACGAGAACAGUUAUUAUAAGAAAAAAGAAAAACAUAAUUUGGCUACAUUGCAAGUCAAGAAUUCAUCACUUAACAGCACUGUAAUAGAAGAACCACCACUUUUGACAUCCAACGAUUUCAAGAAAGUUAAAGGGGAUAAUAAUCUACAAGAAGAAAAAUGUGAAAGACGACAGCAAGUUUUAUCUGUUGGACCAAAUGGCUGUUUGCAAAACGUACAUGUAUCAGAUUUCAUAAAAGAUGCUGAACUUCCUACGCAGCAACAUAAAAUAAGUUCUCAAACUAUAAAUUGCUCUUUUCCUGCAGUGAACUCGUACAAUGAAAAACAAAGAAUAAAGGUCACUAAAUAUCGCAAAACAGCCACAUUUAAAGACACUUUUAGGCAGCUGUGCUUAUUUAAUGUGAAAAAAGCACUGUCUAUUAAAGUACCUGAAGCAAGUAAACAAAGUGAGGUAUUUCAAGAAUAUUUACCUAAGAAGUUUGUGACUUUUUCGGAAGUGAGGAGAAAAGAACGCAAGUCAGAAAAAGUGAAUUCUGGUUGGAUAUUCAAGCACAGUCCCAAAAUGUUAUGCCUCCGCAGAAAAGAUUUUCUUUGGUGACCUGAGAAAGCUUUAAUUGUUCGAAUAAAACCUAAACCUUGUGCGUAAUUUAAGUAUCCCACUAACAUCCGCGGUCAGGCGGUGAAUCCGCUGAAUACUGGUAAUUCGA